AUGUCAAAUAAUAAAAGGCCAGUAUUAGAGGAAGUUGAUGAUGAUGACAUCGACAAUAUGGACAUGGAUAUUGCUGAAUUUGAUCCAAGUUUGACUACACCAAUAGCACCAAAAAGACCAGAGCCAACAGUAGUACGUUCUCAAGAUUCAGAACCAUCAUUAUUUCCAAACAUUCCUUUGAAUCAAGUGCAACCUCCACCGAAACAAGCAUCUAGUAGAAAUGGAAUAAUGGAUCCUAAUUCGUUUACAGAAGAAGAAAAGAAACAAUUUGAUCAAUUUCAAAUCAUAUAUCCGUGUUAUUUUGAUAUAAAUCGUUCCCAUAAACAAGGUAGAAGAGUCAGUAUUGAUAGGGCAGUGGAGAAUCCAUUAGCAACAACCAUUUCCGAUACUUGCAGGAGACUUGGGUUGCCAGUGUUUUUAGAAUUAGAUAAAACUCAUCCACAAGAUUUUGGUAACCCCGGUAGAGUAAAAGUGUUGUUUAAAGCUGUUUUCGAUAAUGGGAAACUCAUUAAUCCAAAAUUACAAACAAAAAGAGUUUUAUUUAAUGUUAUUGCCGAAUAUUUAAGUGAACAUCCAACUACAUUAGAAUCAAUUGGUCCAAAAAGUGGUGUUCCUCGUCCACCUGAAUUUGAAAAUGAAUUCCAACCAGAAGAAAUUCCUAAAGUUAAAGGAUUUAAAAUGAAUACUAUAGUGCCUAUACAUUCAAAUUUGACAUUGAAACAUCCAAUGACAAAACACAUUUAUGAUCCAGAACCAGAAACUCCAGCUGCUGGUAAACCGAAUGUUCCGAAAAUCCCAAAAAAGAAAGUAAUGAAAAUAAGAGGUUAA